AUGGCAAAGAGCGAGUCUCCCAAGACGGCCAACCUGGCUUCGAGAGAAGUCGAAGGCACUUCCUCUAGCGAACAUCGCGAUGAGGCAGAUUUGGCACGGUUGGGUAAGCGCAGUGUAUUGAAACUUAUCCGCAAAAAGCGCAACUUUGGUUUCAUGGCUGUUCUGGGUUUUAGUACUACUAUCUUGAUUACAUGGGAGGGGCUCUUCACGACAUUCUUGCAGCCGCUUCAGAAUGGAGGUCCUGCAGGUGCAGUGUACGGAUACAUUUUCGUCUGGGCAGGAACCGCAGCAAUAUUUGCUAUGCUUUCUGAGAUGGUCUCCAUGGCUCCAACGUCUGGUGGCCAAUAUCAUUGGUGCUCCAUGCUCGCGUCCCCAAGGGCAAUGAAAUUUUCAAGCUAUGUCACUGGUUGGCUCACGGUUGUCGGCUGGCAGGCCACAUUUGCGACAGCCUGUUAUCUUUGCGGGACAAUCAUACAGGGUCUCAUCAUAUUGUCAAGUCCUUCUUACGUACCUCACCCCUGGCAUUCGACCUUUCUUUAUUGGUCUGUGGUAGCAUUUGGACUUGUCAUCAACGUUGUGGGGGGAGCGUCUCUCCUACCCAAGUUUGAAGGCCUGAUCCUUGUUCUACAUGUGGUUGGAUUUUUCGCCGUCCUCAUUCCAUUGGUGUACAUGUCCGAUCACAGUAGUGCUGAAGAUGUUUUUGCGACUUGGGUCAAUGACGGUGGCUGGGAGACACAGGGGGUUUCAUUCUUUGUCGGACUCAUUGGUGUUGUAUUUGCGUUCGCUGGAGGAGAUGCUGCGGUGCAUAUGGCUGAAGAGACUCAAAACGCACCAAAGAUCGUUCCUAUCUCCCUCAUGUUCAGUAUCCUCCUCAACGGCGUCCUAGGCUUUGCCAUGCUCAUAGCCUCUCUUUUUUGCCUUGGUAAUCUCGACGACGCCAUAGCAUCGCCUACAGGAUACCCGUAUAUGGCGAUCUUCCUACAAGGGACAGGCUCAAUUGCUGGCGCUACGACAAUGGCUUCUAUUAUCUGUGUGAUGGGCAUCUGUGCUACCACCGGCAUGCUUGCCACAGCUUCGCGCAUGUUUUGGGCCUUUGCACGGGAUCGAGGUGUCCCAGGAUGGCGUCUUUGGAGCCAGGUAUCCCCACGAGCAGGUAUUCCUGUCAACGCUGUUAUUUUCACGGCAACAGUAUCGGUUCUUUUAGGUUUGAUUCCGCUCGGCUCCCCCGUCGCCUUCAAUGACCUCACCUCGAUGUCUACAUCUGGUCUGUAUUUAUCAUAUAUGGUGUGUUGCAUCCUUUUACUGUAUCGCCGCUGCACCAAUGGCAUCGCCGAUCCAAGCGAUAUCACCAAUGCCGACUUGUCGCCAGCGGAGCAUGAACAAAUUGUAAACACGGCGGGUGCAAAACUUGUCUGGGGCCCCUUCCAUAUUAAGGGUCUUUUCGGCGUCGCUAUUAAUGUCUUUGCAAUUGUUUAUAUGUUGAUCACCGUGUUCUUCAGCUUCUGGCCACCAAUGGCCGAGGUCACCGUGUCGACAAUGAAUUACAGCGCGGUCGGUACAGUUGGGACAAUGGCCUUGAGUCUGGUGUACUAUUUCGUCCGGGCCCGGCAUGUUUACGAGGGGCCUAUUGUGGAGAUUUGA